AUGGCAUCCAUAGAUAUCUGGAUUGCAUCUUUAAUUGAACAUUGCUUUUCUGCGCGGUGGAGUAGCUCAGAAGUGGAAGACGAUGGAAGUAACCUUCGGUUUCCAAAUAAUUCCCAGCAAUUCGCCUUGAUCAACAACCGGAGGGAAAGUGACGGGAUAUUAAGCCUCAACCUGACCGAUCUACAGACCCAAAUUGAUGCGAUCAUGGCGAGAGAAUCCUUACAACGCUACCGGACCGAAUUUCCCGACCGCUCGUUCAAGAAUGAUGACAUUAGAGGAUGCGUCCUCCAGUUAUUGGAUUUUGAGGUUGUUCUGGAGUAUUCCAUGUCCCAGCCCAAACUCCAUCUUUACGUCUUGCACUUCUGUAUUGCAUGGGACAGGGGCCAGAUAAAAGGACCACCGCAGGGCAGGGGUAUCAGGAAGAACCCAUCAUUAUCUAAAAUGAUGCGGACGGUUUUUAGCGAGGCCAAAUCCCGGGCUGAGACGCUCCAGGGUACUAUGUCAGGAUCCUUUCGCUUCCUUGAGCCUCCCCUCCAAACGCAACCGCAUGAUGAUUCGGAAGCCUUUAUAUCGUCUCAAAAUCAGCCGCUUGUCAGUCACCCUCCUAGGAUUUCAGCCUUGAACCAUACACCGGUACUUGGUUCUACAUCCUCCAACAAGCUACUGGGGCUCUUAGGUCCUCAAUCUAAAGUGACAGACAGUAAUGAGUCACCAACUGGGAAUGAGACUACUGCGAGACCAGCUGGAGGCGCAGUUUCAAGCGAAACUGAGGUGGCGGAGCAGGCUCAACGUAGUGAAAGCGAGCCUGUUGUGAAUGGUAAUAACGGACGUACAGAGGUUGACGAUGCACACGAGUCUGCGCAUGUCACAGUGCCUGAUUCCGCAAGCCUCGACCAUAACACCAAUAAUACAAAUCCGCGACACGAAGACGAUAGUGCACGAGCCUCUGAUGUUACUGAAACAAAUGAGCAGCGAGAGCACUCUGUGGGGCCCUCUGCAAAUGUAAAUAGAGCACCCAUAUCAGAGGCAACUGCACAUUUUUCACCACAAAAAGCAUCUACAACAAGACAGCCACUUCAUCAGAGCUCUGGCCACAGCGACCCUUGGUAUGGCAUGACGAGGAUCUGCAAAAGAGAUAUUAGAGUACCAAAGAAUCAAGCUGCUUUUUUUGAGCAACAUGUCCGGUGCUGGGUGCCGCCCCUUCCAGGGGAGAGGGAGCCCCAAGGGCACUUUCCAGCUCCACUUCUGAGCCAGUGGAAUACCAUUGCAUACAACAGAAACCGUUCGAUCAAGGAGAAUGAGCUGAACGAUUCUGUGUCUAAACCAGUCGACUCACCUGAACCUGCACCUGUCAGUAGCAGCUCUGCGCCUCAGACAAGUUCGGAAUCUGAAGAUGACCAGGACGAAGACCAAGAUGGUGACGAUAUCUCGUGGUCAAAUUCUCCCGAAACCCCUGCUCGUCGUCGAAAACAACUACCGGCAGACAGUAGUCCAGCAGAGAGAAACCAGCCAGUCGCACAGACAGCUGGAAAAAGCCAAUCUAACAUCCAAUCGAUACUCGAGAACCCUCAAGGUCAACGCGCAUCAGUGGAUAGCGCAUCUAAUAAGAAUGCCGAGAAGGCAACUGAAGCAUCUGCGCCUGAAGCACAAUUGAUGGAACUGGAAGAUGAUGUCCCAGACCAGCAGGAGUCUGACAAAGAAAGCCAAGAUUCGGUAAUGGAUACCUCCAUUCCCUGUCCCCUCAGAGGUAGCUCACAAGCACGGCUUAGCAGCCAGUCAGAGCCUGAGUCUACCAGCUCAGGGCCAUCCCUUGCUGGAUAUCUCCAACUAGAACAGGUGCAGGUCAUGGAGACGCCAACUACUAACUUCAAUCACUCCCAGACUGCGAACAGAGGCAAUACCAAGAUCGGAUUGGAUAGCUCCGACAGCCCAUUCCUGGUCGAGUCAUCAUCGCAGUCGCGCAUUCUUAAUACUUAUGCCAGCAACGAUACUGGCACCAAAAACACCCAAGAGAUGUCGUAUCCUUCCCAGGGCAAUGACGGCUCUCAUGAAGUGGACGUCAUGGGGACACAGCUGAGCAACGGUGAUGGGCCAUUUCAGAACUCUAUACCUUCCCCACAUUCUGCGGUGGUCGUCGACUCACCGGGGCUGGGGGGCUCUAUUUCUGUAUGUCAGUUUAAUGAAUCGUCGAAACUCUUCUCUUCUCACAAUGAGGUGCUCCCUUCAAUGCAGUCGGGCGAAAAUGGAGAAGAUGCAUCGGAAGCUCCCAAGUCCGCACAAGACCCGCCAAUUGAACAUACUCAGAAGUCGCCGUUGAAGCGCUUCAUGUCUUACGACGCAGGAGAGCAGUCUCCCGCAAAACGGUACAAGAUGCUUCAGGAAAAUCAUGAGGAUAUACAUGCACCAAUUAUAAGAGCAUCAACGCCCAAUGUGAUUUCACGUCGGGAGAGCUAUAUUGGCUGCUCUGGCAAUCAUGCUAAGGCACAGAGAAUUUACGAAAAGUUUCGAAGCGAUUACCCAACAUAUCGGGGGGACUUUGUACAUUUCACGAAGGUGUGUUCUAAGUUGCGGGACGUUCGAGCACGAGGACUUUUACAGCGGUCUUUCCUUUGGGAUGAUUUUAUCAUCAAGCACUUAGAGGAAUACCCUCAGCAUAUUGAGGAGGCCCUGGGCAUGGGUAUGGAUGUAAAGUCAGAAGCGUACGAGGAAUAUUUCGCAUCCAAUGUCUCCAGACCAUCGUACAAGAAGCGAAGUCUCACGGCGGAUGGGAUUCAAGCCGCUGCUUCCCAGAAUGUCUCUGCAGCCCAGCCAAAGGGCGUGCCGAGUCCAGCUCUUCCUCAGCCCCUGGAGAAUACAUCGUUUACCGGAAGUCUUGUAGAAAGAUUCCACAGUCUUCACGCACAGUCUACUGGACUUUCUACACAGGGGUUGCAAUCCGAGGCCCACAACGGUCAGGCGUCACCCAGCAUGUCGACUCCGACUUCGGGUAGUAAGACAAUGUGGCACACACUGUUCGAAAAUCACGCAGACGCACACCAGGAUAGAGAUGAGGCUUCCCAUGUGGCAGACGCUGCAGCUGUCGAGCCCGGACAAGAUACUGAGAUCCUAGCGGCCGAGGAGGUUGACGAUGACGAGAUAAUAGACGAGACUCAAACCGCCGACGGGAUUGACCGUGAUGAAAUAGUGGACGAGACUCAAGGCGCCGACGAGGUUGACUAUGACGACGAGAUAAUGGAUGAGACCCACGAAACAGCUAGCAUCGAGCUAGGGGACCGUGAACCGGGCGCACCCGCCGAAGAGCCGGUGGCAGCACCUGAUGUUGAACCGGGCGAUGAAAGCGAGGCGGAGAGUGUCAACGAGAACUGGUUCGACUCCCUUCGCCAUAUACGCGAACGCGGGCCUACAUGGUCUGAUGAUUUCAACACGCCGUUCAAGAAGUGGGCGCGGGCCGACCAGAAUGUCUUGGUUGAGCGUAAACGGCGUGGUGGAGCUCGUAUUCCUGUGGAUGAAAGGGGGGUAAUUCAGCGAUUUCAUUAUUAG